AACGGUUAAGGACAGAUCGACGGCUACUCGAAAAUGGCGAAUAUUGAUUUGUUGUGUGGACAUUUUUGAGUUGUCUUGAUACUUAAAAAGCUCGGUGUUUUUUAUUAUUAUUGUAAAUUAGUCACUACAAUUUCAAUUAACGCCGAGGAAUAACGUUAAGUUGCGUCUUAGUAGUUACUGUAGCAUGCUAACGGAGUAGCAUAGCAACAAGGAAUGACCGUAAUGUAAGCAGAUGUAAAUAACGUAGCUGUGCCCACAAACUGUGAACAACCUGCUGGGCCAAAUGUAUGAAUCUGGAUACCUAUAAUCAAGUUAGUCAUGUGUUCAUGAAUUGACAUUGUGACACAGCGAAUAGACGGCAUGGCCUUAAUGCUACACAACUUGGUUUUUGUUAUUGACGUGGAUUAUGGACACCACAACUCAGGCGAUCAAUUGGACGUCAGGAAUCAUUUGUUGAAACGAGGAAUAUUGCAAAUCCUGCUGCAUUUUAGCUGCAAAUACGGGUUAGACAAAGUGCGAUGGGGAUAUAAAUUCUUUCAGUCCAGGACUGGCCGUAACGCCAGGCUAAUCUCAAGGGGAUCCGACUUCAAGGAGCUCCGCCACAAAUCGUUUGAGGACUUUGAAAUCGAGUUUGAAUCCAAGUUUGACCUGAAGGAUAAACAGUGCCUCUCUCAGCAGAAGCAGACAUCAAGUCAGUCUGCCUCCGUUCAAAAUGCACUCAAAGAAACCCUGCUGGACUUCCAAUGGGACAGACCAGACAUCACCUCCCCUACUAAGCUGUCCCUAAGGCCCAGGAAGUCGAGCCGUGCUGGGAAGUCCAGUGUUUCACAGGAGGAUGAUGUUUCAAACAACGGGAACAAUGUGGUGUUUAUUGUCUCGGAGUGUCCACGCUCCAGGACGCAGCUUGUGGACUACCUUAGUCUGGGACAACACGACGUGAACACAGAUGUGACAGAGCACAUCAUAUCCAAGGGCCUUCGUGACAUGCUGGUUCAGAAACAGGCCAUGCUGCACUGGAUUGACAGCAGAUCACACGCACAGGUCUUGAGGAUUGAGGAUCACCUCGGCUUUGACAAACUGUCUGAGGUCUUAGCCCAGGCAGGGGGCAGAGUGAUCCCUGUGGUCGCGCUGCUGAACCUGUGCGGCUCUCAAAAGUCAAACUCAACCUUCAGGAGUGGCACCUUUACAUUCAAGUCAAGCUUUGGAUACCUGCUGUCCUCUGAGAGGCUAUACCGCCUGACUUUUCCUGUCGUAGGUGGUGUUCUGCAGUGGGAGCAAGGGGAUGUGUCACAGAGCUGUGGGAUCAUGCUUGAACCAGUGUCUUGCAGACAGAGGCUUCUGCCAGAGACGGUGCAAGUGUGCCUAAAAGGAGUGUUGCAGGGCUGGGACGCCUCGUCACUGGCGCUGACAUCUACAGAGUCAUGGGUGAUUCAGUGCCCGGGGAGUAGUGUUCAUGAAGCUGCUGCCCUCCAGCAUCUCCUGAUGGAACUGUCUUCUCGUGGCCUGCAUGUGCUCUCUGAGGUGAAUGACGGCAGCCUGGUGUGCUCGGCUGUCCUCUCUCCCCUGUCACACUCUACAGCUCUGCUCACUGUGAUCCAGUCAGGAUUCACUCAGCACGAGCAGUUCCCUGCAGCUGAAAACAUUUCCCCAGCCACAGAUGAAACCUCGGCUGAACUGCCAGAAGUCGUGAGCAGUGUCUUGGGAGUCGUGUAUGACAUCAUGGAGGAGGACAGUGACAGUUUGGACGACACAUCAAAGCAUCAUCAGGUUCCUGAAUGGGCUCAGCAGGAAGUCAACCACUGUCCGCUUACAACAGGCGUGUUGGAGAGUUGGUUUCCUCAGUCCGACCAGGCAGGAGUGAGUUCCUAUUUAAUGGAAUCAAUGAGGUUGCUUCAUGCAGUUCCAGAGCAGAAGGAAGAGGAGGAGUCUGUCCUACAGCAGGAGCUGGUCAGUGGUUUGGCUGAGUUGUAUCAGACAUCCAGAGGGACAGGAGGCAAGAGAGGCAAGAAACGUGGCACCCAGCGCACUCCGGUGAAACAGAAGAUGAAGACCAUGAGCCGCUCCCUGCAGAUGCUGAAUGUUGCGCGGCUGAAUGUCAAAGCUCAGAAGAACCAGGCAGAAUCUGAGCCACCAGGGCCUGAGGGCAGGGGAGCAGAGAGACAGGGGAAGAGACGUUCAAGUGACAGGAACAAAUCUGAAGGAGCGAAAACUAUCAGUUUCACCAGUGAGGCCGAGCUUCUGUCCCACCUGAAGUCCAGUUACGAGAGGACUGUGGCAGAGAGAGACAUGUCCCUCCUUACUGGUGUCCAGCAGCUCCUGUUUGCUGUGAAAACCUUCCUGGGGGUCGACUCAGACCUGAUGAUAAAGACCUCCCAGUCUGUCCAGCAGCAUCUCCUCAAGACCAGCAAAUCAAUCAGGCAGGAAUACGGCUCUGCUGGUGAUGUGGACAGCAAAGUCAGAGAGUGUCAGAUCCAGGUGCUGCUGAGACUGGAGUUGUGCAGACUGUUUUCCUCAGAGCAGUCAGACUUGCUGGAUGCUGAUCAGAUGGCAGAGGAGGUGGCUGAAAUGCUCAGGAUAAUCUCCUUGAACAAAGAUCCUGUUUGCAUGACAAGGUUCCUUCAAGAUGAGGUCCUCCCAGGGUUUCUGACCGCCAUUCCCAGAGUUCUUGCAGACAUCUACCACAGUCUGGGCAAUCAGCUCCCUGAGGCUUUGGUGGCCGUUCUGCCUGCUGACUUCUUCAGCGACGAGUCCGUUGCCAAAGACAGCGUUUCCCCUUCAGCCUCCUCGCCUGCCCUCUCCAGCCUGGCUUCAGAUGGCAGAGAUCGCCUGCAGGACCUACGGAAUCGCUCAGCCAGCAAAAGGAGGAGUGGGAUGCUGACUCGUCAUCGCAGCAUGACUGAAUCAUCACAAAGUCUGCGCCAAAUAGAGAUGCCCAAAAAAACCACAAGAGCUUCCAAGUCAAAGACCUUUGUUGCUCCGGAGAAACCUGUCGCAGAACCACAACCUCCGAAACAACAAGAAACACAAGAGGUGACAAAGGUGAGAAGAAACCUGUUUAACCAAGAGGUCGUUUCCCCGUCGAAGAAAGUCAAGCUGCCGAGGAGCCAGUCUGUGUCCGCUGUGGAGGGAUUGAAACGCAAACGAUCUCAAGAAUCUGAUGAGAGGCACAAGCUCCUGACAAAGACGGUCUGUGAAACACCACACCACAAGCAGGUGUCCAACCGCCUCCUCUACCGGCAGAAAAUGGGAAGGAGAUCUGUCCCAACUGAGGACUGGAUCGUGGAAGAGUCACCUGUGAAACCAGCAGAAGACCUCAGAAGGAGCCCGAGGAUCAAGAAGUUUGCCAGAAGAAACACCUUCUACUCAAGCUCUCAGCCUCGCUCACGUAACCUCGACAGAGCUCUGUCUGUAUCCCAGCUAACGCUCAGCGACAGCAAAAUCAGCAGGCUCGAGGUUAAAUCUGUCCGGUCUCCCAUGCGUCUGCUUUUUGGCGCUGCUGUAUCCCCCAGUCGUUCCUCUGACCUGUUGCGUGCAACCAGAUCCACAAGGUCAAGACUGUUCACAGACUCGAGCGUCUUUGAGAGUCCAAAUAAAACGCCAACAAAGUCACCUGGCAAACAUGGGAGAGCGGGCCAUGGGACUCCCAGAACACCAACGACCCCUCGAACCACAGGGACCCCCAAAACGCCUCCUGCAUCCAGGCUGUGUGUUUCCUCUGUGGUCGAGAGCCCUGCAGCAGGCAGCUCAGGUAUGUCUCUGAGAGGAAGUCCCUUCAGAUCUCCAGCCAGAAAGACUCUUGUGGUAGAGACCCCGACUAAGCAGAGCCCCAUGAGGAGCCCUCUGAAGGGGAUCCUAAAGACUCCAGUCAAGGCUUUAGUCGACUCUGGAUUACAAAUGCUCAGUAGCCCGAUGUCCAGGACUCCCAAGAAGAGCGUCACAUGGUCUCCUUCCCCUCAAAAGCGUAGAUUGGCAGAGAAAGGCAGUCUUUUCAAGGUACCCGAGUCCCCUCACUUUGCAUCCCAGACUUCUCCCAGACUGAUGAAUACAGCCAACAAGUUCAGCAGUCCUGUCAGAAGCACAAACACUAAAAGAGACAUUUUCAAACCCCCAGAAAAGACUCAAGUUAGCCUUGAAAGGGCGUCUCAAAAUGAGAAUGUUGCUGUUUCACCACAGGAAAAACAUCAGCGGUUGUCAGAAAGACUUCAGAACAUGAAAACACCUGAAAGUGCCACACUACUGAAAGUGCCUCCCCCACCUUCACAAUCCCCAACCCUUCUAGACCACUAUCAAUCACCUAAACCCAACACCAGGAGCCAAGCUAAGACUCCAAGUCCUACUUCUCAAAGGAUUACUCACUCUGGACAAACGGCAGUCAAAAGUUUGAACAUUGCAUCUCCAUGUAAGCUGCUCUCGACACCACCAGGAGGUGCUGCUGCUUCAGAAGGAUCAGAAACUUCAGAAAAGUCUCCAGUAAAGUCACCAAUGAGAAAAAGAACUAGUCAAGGUGCUAGAAUCACCAGACAAAGCUUGAGAUCCAAUUCUGGUGAAAAUGUUCCUCUCAAACUGAACACAAAAUCUUCUGAGAACUGUGACUCUGUGGAAAAGAACGUGCAGUCUGAUUCAAAAGAAGUGGUGCAUGCUGAAUCUUCCCAAGCUUCUGAAAUUGAAUCUAGUUCACAUUCAGAUUCACAGCAGCCCGACUCGUCAUGUGUUAACUCUGUAUCCACAGAUGAUGAAAGUUUGGAUAUUGUAGAUGCAGCCGUUGUAAAGACCCAGUUUAGUGGAGGUCUGAAGAUGAACAUCAGCUUUUCCCGCAAGCCGUCAAAGUCUGGGGAAGAUUUUCUGGAAGGAGCAGUUUCUCCUAAACAGCGCUUGCUUAACCAGGGCACGCCCAGCCGGAGCUACGGCUUCCGGCAGACCCCCGACCGCCAACAGAGGGAGGCUGCUGCUCGCCUGGGUUACGGCAACGACUCCCCUCGAUUUUCAACCCCAAGAGGUCCAGCAAAAGGUCAUCGAAAGGUCGCUGGCACUCCAAACCCUUUGACCUACCAAGUAGAAAUGGAAAUGCAAACAUCAGGAAUUCCAAAACUCAAAUUCAAACGUACAGAUUCCAUGAAUGCAGGUGACACGGCCUCAAAUGCAUGUCCUCAACCUGGAGCUUGGAGCCCUCUAGUUGUUCUGAAACCCUGUCAGCUAGAAAGCCCCUUAGCUUUGUUCUCCAAGCACAGAGACCCUGGAUGUGUCUCCCCAUCCAUCUGCUCUCACGUCACCCCCGCUAAGAGCACGCCUGGAAAAGGUGGAAGUGUCCAAACGUACAUCUGCCAAUCAUACACCCCCACACAUCAUCCUGCAGGAACAGUGUCUCCAGUGGCUUUUUUAGACAUCAUCCCCCUGACCCCUUCACCUCAGAGCGUAGGGAAGAUGACCCCGGACAACCUGAACAGCUGGCCUCGCAGGAAGAGAGCUCAGAUUGGAGUGGUUGGAGGUAAAGAUCGUUGCCUGAAGGGGGAGCCACUGCUGACUGAGUUGCUGGAGGAAGCUGAGCUGGGAGUUAGCAGACUGCAGGACAUUGAGGACACAGAUGAGCCCUCCAACAUCAAAGCUGAUAUCUUAGCUUUGACUUCAAAACAAUCCCCGUCAGUAGCAGCGGAUGUAGAUGUAGCACCUCUUUCUCCGCUGGAGGACCUGUACUGGAUGGAGAAGCUGGCACAAGAAGCUGACUGUGCUGAUCGUCAGAGAGCAGACGAAGAAAUGAUCUGGGGGCCUGAAAAUGAAGAAGCCAAAUCAGUGGCGACUCCUCCCAGCUCGAAAGCGAGGAAGCCAGUGACGGCUAGUGGGAUUCUGGCCCUCACUCACUCCCCGUUAUUGUUCAAGGGCAAAGCAGGCUCUGCUAGCAAGAGAACGUCCAUUUUUAAAGAUGAGGCUGCAUCGGGGAGGGAGGUGGACGGUGUAGAGCGCUCUCCCUUAGGUCAGCCAAUCAGACGCUCGAACACAGGGGGGACCUACAGCAGGAAGAGACUGCUCCACUGACCAGGAGACCAUCUUUGUCCAUUCAUGGUGUGACUGUGAAGUUGUUGGUCUUUCUUAGCCACAUUUUUUCAGAUGUACCGUCAAAAAAGAGCUGCAGAAAGAAUGUGGCGUUCAAAGCAGCACUUUCAGCGCUUUGUGAGAAGAACAGUGCCUCCUUCAGUCUCCUCCACCAACUCUUUGACCCCAACAUUCACUGUUCUAACUUUUAGUUUGAGUCUGGACAUUUUAAGAUUAAAGGUGUAGCACUGAGUUGAAAAACUAUUCAGUUCUGACAGUUUAAAAUAGAUUUCCCUUAGAAGGAUUUUAUCAUUUCAUUUGUGCAAAGGUCUCUCCGAGGCGCAGAAUUAUGUCCUCCUUGUUUUUCAAACUUUAAUCAGCCUUUUAACAAUCAAGUCUGAAGCCUCAAUGUGUUGACAUAAAUACUUUUGAUGUUUAUUUAUUAGUUUGUUCGUGUCAUAAAGUUGCUUUUAAGUAAAAGGGAAGGUCUAACGACUGAGUCGUAUUGUAAAUAUGUUAUGUUGCCAAAGUUUUAUGUAAAUAAAUAUCAGUUUUCUGAAUUAA